AUUGCUUGUUGCGCUCGGGGCUCUUGACGCAUGGCCACUGCACUAGCGCUGCCUAGACGCAGAACCGAGACUCGAAGCGCUUGCUGAUUGCGGAGAACGCCGCUAUCAUGGCCCAGGACGCUGGCCUUGUGGACCCUACCCGCUCGCCGCAGGGCAGCAGCCGAUCGACUCCGUCUGACUUCAUCAAGGCUCACUUAGGCCAGUCACAUCCGUUCUUCUCUCAGGAUGGUGGGGGAUCGUGGGAUGUGGCCGGCUCUCCCUUUUUCUACUUGGUCGACCAGGGCGUCACUUCUCGCCUUCUUCGCUCGCUCUGGACAUCCCUUCUAGCCUCCCUCCCCUCACCCUCCCAUCUGCUGCCAACACGCGCGACACAGCUGCCGACGAUCGAAGCGACGCUCGAAUUUCUCCAAGAGCAUGACUGGAAGCUAUCUGAGGCGCAGAAAGCCGCGCAGAAGCAGGCGGAUGAGGCGAACGCCAAGGGAAAGGCUGUCGAGCGUGGCAAUGUCAAUGUUAGCUCGCAAGGCUUAGGCGCAAGCAGCAAAGCCUUUUCGCUCGGUCCAGAGUAUGGGCCAGAUCGCAAAGGAAUGCCGUGCGGGCACAUUUUCAGGGAAGGAGAGGCGAUCUACAGGUGUCGUGACUGCGGACACGACGACACUUGCGUGCAGUGUGCGCCGUGCUUUAACGUUUCGAAUCAUCAAGGCCAUGACAUUGUCUUUAGCAUCAGCUCCGACUCGACGGGCUGCUGCGACUGUGGCGACGACGAAGCUUGGAACAAGCCUUUAGGCUGCAAGUACCAUCAAUCCGAUGUGUACGUGCCAUCCUCAUCAACUCUAUCAUCAUCUGACAUUACUACUGGUGCCCGCGGCUUUUCCCCCUCCUUCCAAGAGACCAAAAUGGAGCUGGAUGACGUCUCUUCGCAGGCCGCGAAUGUGCCAUCGAGCACUAAAGGGAAAGGAAGGGAGAUGCAAAGCGACGCCGCAGCAGCCACAUCCGCCAGCGGAAGCGCCAGCUCAGGCGCUAUUCCGACCCCGCCUGAGGCGGCCGAGAUGGCCGCCCUGCUCCAAACGAUCCCAAAGGGUAUCCGAACCGCUCUUGAGGCGCACGUCAGCUCGAUCUUUGACUUCAUCCUGGACACUUUCGAACAUGCUCCUGACCAAGUGUCGAUAUCGUCGACUCCGGACGCAGUCAGCCGGCUGCAGGCAUCUCCUUCGCUCGCUCCUGUUGGGCCUCCGUCCUCAAGCACAGCACAUACCGAUACCGACCGCGAUGGUCACGGCGAAAGCGCGACUAGUGUUUCGGAUGUGGAGGCAGGGCGUGACAGGCCGGAAGAAACCAUAGCAUACACGAGUGACUCAGCUGAAUUCAUGCCCGCGCUGCCAGGAGGCUUCUUCACGCUCAACAGCUGGAUGCAGCGCGGCUCCCGCGGUUCGCUGGCUGCGCCAUCUACUGAGUCUGGUGGUCGCUCCCUCUUCAGUUCGGACUUGUCCGAGGCUGCCACUCCGCGGCCUGGAGGGCCGAAGCGCUCUUCCGGAACUGCAGCAGUAACGGCGACGAAAGGAGGCCCAUCGCGAUAUUUCACGCUGCUGCUCUGGAACGACGAAAAGCACGAUUUCACGCAAGUAAUCGACAUUGUCAUGGACGUCACCGGUCGAAACGUUGCGCAAGCCAAGGCAGUCGCAGAGAGAGUAGACAAGCAUGGGCGCGACAUUAUCGAGAUCUCCACCGACGUGCCGAAGCUGCUGCUCUGGGGCUUGAAGCUCAACUCGAUUGACCUCGCCGUCAGCAUCCGGCCCUCGUUCGACAUAUUCGCUGAGGAGAUUGCCGCAGUGCUGAUCAAGCAUCUGCUAGACCUGACAUCCUCAGUGCUGUACGUGCCAAAGAAAGACACUGGCCAAGGAGGAAAAAGCAAUCAGCAGGAGGAAGGUAGUCAGCCGCAUCUGCUGGAGACCCUCGUGCCCAGCGCAGCAUUGAUGCGUGCACUGGUGACGGACCAGCUCCUAAAGCCAUGGGAUCACAACAAGCCCGUGUACGCAGACUCGAUGAGCUCUGCGUUCUUCAGUGCGAGCGAUUUGCGCAAGCUGGAUGGCUUGCUCCUGCUCGAGAGCAAGCUCCGGAAGGAGCUCAGAGGCGACGUCAAGCAGGUCCUCAUGGCUUGCAUCGGCAUCAAGGAGACAAAGAAGGAAGUUGCCCUGCGUUUCGCGCACAUGUACUCCAAGGUGUUGGAGACAUUCAUCCUGCGGGAUCGCGAGGCGGACCACUCAAUCUGCUUCAUGACCGUGCAGCUCUUCAGUGUUCCUUCCAUCGCUUCAACGCUGGUCGCGCAGCACGGCUUCCUAGAGAAGCUGCUGCUCAUCCUCCAAGCCAUCUUCACCAGUCAGCAGGGUAAUGAGCCACUGCAGCUGCCUCCGUCGCCGCCUCCCAAGGGGCAGGCGAAUCCGAACUCUCCGCUUUUCAAGCAGCAGCGGUGCUACCACAUAUUCUACGACGUGCGCUACCUGCUCAGCGCCGAGGGCGUGCAGCAGCAACUCGUCUCGCAACUCUCGCAUCUCAACUACUUCCUCGACUUUCUGUCGCUAUUCAAUGCCAUCACGCCCGAUCGACGUGCUGUCAGUCAGCACGUCGAGUACGAGUCUGACGUGUGGAUCCCCGUCUUCCACGUCAGCUCGCACCUCGGGCGCGCAGCAAAGUUGUUCGGCGAGUCAUUCGCCAAGUCAAACACGCGUCAACUCGCGGCCGCGCUCGGCUUGACGGCCCGUCGCAUCCUGCUCAACUGUCUGACGCUACAUCAGAACGAUCCGGAAGUGCACGCACCGGUCAUCUUCCACACGGUCCCGUUCGGCGGCAGGUCGUUCCAAAUCAUCGACUUUGCCGUCGACACGCAAGCGACAUCGUUCCAUCACCCGAUGCACUGGCUUUUCGCCGAGAUGCUGAAGCAUGUCAACGUGCUCUCUGGCGAGAAUAUCGCUGCGCUCGGUAAAUCCAGCCUGGCGGAUCUUCUAGUCAGCGAUGUGGACGAGAAUGGCGUCCUUGUGCUGCUCGAAUUCCCCUUGCGCGUCGCCGUUAAACUCGCCCAGGUGCGAUCAGGCAUGUGGGUUAGGAACGGCUAUGCACUUCGAUCACAAGCGCAUCACUACCGCGAAAACCCCAUGCGUGACAUCAUGUACGAUCAGGAUCUAUACCUACUGCAGUGCGGCCUGCUGCUCGCUGAUCCGGAUCGCUGGCUCGUCACGAUUAUCGAUCGCUUCGGCCUCACCUGGUUCUUCGAGGAUGGCUCUGCGGACGCGGAUCAUGUCAUCCUCAUGGCUGACGAGUUCAUGCUGCUCCUUGUUUACCUGUUGACCGAGACGGCUAUUUUAGGGGGAUGGUCGAUGGAGAAGCUGAUCAGGCGCGAGAUCGUUCAUUUCCUGGCUCUCGGCUCGGGCACAUAUAGCGAGAUCACCAAACACGUGUCGGAGCGCUUUAUGGACCACCCUUCAUUCGAAAAGGUGCUCGGUCAAGUCUCUAAUUUCAGAGCGCCGGAUGGAAUCACCGAUCUUGGCAUUUUUGAGCUGAAGAAAGAGUGUUUCGACCAAGUCAGGCCGUGCUUCAUGCACUACAGCCGCAAUCAGCGCGAGAAGGCCGAGGAGAUCUUGAUGGAGCGCCACAAGAAGAAUGGCGGCCGCGAGGAGACGGCAUUCGCAUGGACGGCCGCCAAGGCUGACAUUGAAAACAGUGGGCUUCUCGCGAGUGGUCGCCUACACGAUGUUUUCUUGACGACUUCAUUCAUGCGAGUUGCCUGUUCGACCCUUCUCAAUUGCCAGCACACCAUGCAACAUACACCCGAGUCGCUACUCGAUUCGACAUUGCACCUACUCUCGGCAGCAUUGUCAGAGAAGGGUUACGCUGUCGCCGCGAAGAUGCUGGCUCCGCCUCCUGCUCGGUCCGGCCCAUCCACCAAUCUUGAAGGAAAGAACCUGCCCUUACUUGGCCUUCUCUGCAGUCUCGAAGCUGAUGAACGCUUCAAGCCAACAAAACACAAAGUGACGUGGCUCAUCAAUCAGACGAGUGAACUGGUUCGCGCAAGUCAGAACGCGGAGGCGAUGGAACUGGUCAACCAGAUCUUUACAAAGGCUGGCAAAGCACCGGUGGGGAUCGAUGCCCAAUCUUCGGAGAAGAAACGCUCGGAUGCCAAGCGUGCAGCUGCCAAGGCCCGGCAAGCAGCUAUUAUGCAGAAGUUCUCUGCUCAGCAGAAAGAUUUGCUCAAGUCGCUCGAGGACGAUCUGGAUGCUGAUGACAUGGAUGAAGAUGCCGAGCAUUCUACCGCCUCCGGGACAGAGGCAGAACGCAAGUCAUUUGGCAGCUGCAUUCUCUGUCAGGAGGAUCUGGAUGGUACGAAGCCUUUUGGCGUUCUUGCGCACAUUCAAACGAGCAGGGUGAUCCGCAUGAUGCCUUGCGCGGACAGCGACGCCAUCGCCCAGGCAGCGAACACACCUCUCACUCUUGACAGGGGGGAAGGAAAAGAGGGACGCCGACUCCGCGGCUUGCCCGGCAGCUAUGCUUCGACCGCUGCAGCAGACGCAAGCAGACCUGCAGGGUCAUUCCCACCUGCCUACAACAAACCCGGGAUGCACACCACGACUUGUGGUCACUUAAUGCAUGCAGCAUGUUUCUGGGACUAUUGCCGGUCGGUAGAACAGCGGCAUGCUCUGCAGAUCGCGCGAGAGCACCCAGAAGACCUCUCACGUUGCGAGUAUGUUUGUCCAUUGUGCAAAGCGCUGGGUAACGUCAUUCUACCGCUGCCGGAGUCUCACAGCUGCGAUGCGAUUGCAGCCAUCAGCAAGGGCCCGCCUGACUCAAUCCCUUUGGCAGACUGGAUCCGCAAGAUCAAUAUCGACAUUCUGAAAUGGUCAACCAGUCAGUCACAGGAUUACCAAGAAGCCGAUGCGGGGACGGGGACGUUCUUGCCUUGGUACGCCGAGGAUUCUCUGACCUCCCUCUCUGGAAACACUCAUUUCUUGGGGCAGGUCGACCUGGACACCUAUCAUAUGCUUGAUCGCUUCUUGACCGUCUUGCGAUUACAGUCGUCCGAGCUCAAGCCGCUGCGUGUGAAGAUGCAGCAGAGAACCAUUUUGGCGCUGCCGAGCAGAAAGCUAUACAUGCCUCAGGAAUUGAUUGGGUAUACCCUCUCUAUGAUUGAGAUCGGACAACGCGGUUUGGUUACUGCAGGCCAGAACACACCCGGUGCCAAUAUUGCCAAUGGUGCCAGCGACUCCACUCUCAGCCUGCUUCGCUCGUUGAUCCACUGCCUCCGCCUCACAGCCAUUAUCGAUCUCAAUGAGCACCAUGGGCUCGAGGUGAUUCGACAAGGCCUUUUGAAGCGGCUCUUGCCACACUGGGCGGGCGAUGAUGCCGUGCGGUCGCCAUUGAUCCUUCGUGACCCGAUGAGUAUUCUCAUUGAAGCUGCAGCGAUCGCGCCUGAAGCACUGGAUCACAUCAUCACCUUGAUGUACUACGUGUUCCUCGUGCAGCUGGUGUUCGGCCUUGCACAGCCCAGUAUGUGGCCACAAGGACCCAUGGGCUUUGGCGGAAGUCGCUAUUUCGCCAUUACGCAAUCAUCGCCUUCAUAUGCAUCCGACAUUGCGGCGGCGCGCGAAGUCUUCCCCGACGUUCGUUGGACAACUGCAAAUAUCAUCGGGCUUGUCGGCUAUGCUCGUGGCAACAUCACGCUCGGCGUCGAUCAUCUGGAGGACGACACGUUGGCAAAGUUACUCUGCACCCACAGUCUACCAUUCCUCCGGCGCGCAGCGGUGCUUCGUGCCGCUGUCUUUGGCACCACAAGCGCAGUCAAUGCAGGCGCUGCUGGACCAGACAGACAUGAUUCGGAGUACCUCCGUCUAAUGCGCCAUAUGAAUGUUCCGCUUCCAUCCGUCGCUCUGCCUGCUAGGGCAGAACGGCAGACGCCGCUGGCUGGACUGAUCGAGGGAUGGAUCAAACAUGCAUAUGUGCCGUUGGCAUCUCUUUUCCGGCCGUUGCCUAUCCACUACUCAUCUCUCAACUCGAUGGCUAGCUUCGGUGCUUCGCAGAUUUCUCAGCCACCUGCCCACCCAACUCUACUGCUGGAGCAUCCUCACAUCUACGAGCUCGUCAAUUUGCCUGACGAUCUGGCGACACUAUUGCAAGAGACGCAACAACGCGUGUGCAAGCGAUGCAAGCAGGUGCCCACCGAUCCCGCGCUCUGUCUGCUCUGCGGAGAGAUUGUUUGCUACCAGAGCUUCUGCUGCCAGAGCGAAGAUGGUAAGCGCGGCGAGUGCAAUCGACAUAUGGAUGAAUGCAGUGGUGCCGUAGGCAUAUAUUUCAAAGUGAAGACGAACGUUGUUCUGCUGCUGUACGAACAGAACGGAACGUUCCUCUUCUCGCCCUACCUCGAUUCGCAUGGCGAGGUUGACAUUGGUCUGCGGAAGGGACGACCACAGCGCUUGCAUCGUCAGCGCUACGACGAACUGCGCAAACAGUGGCUGCAACACGGCAUCUCUAACCUGGUCGCUCGCAAGAUCGAGCAAACACUCGAUACGGGCGGGUGGACGACUUUUUGAGCACUCGCAUGGCAUGUAGCAUAUCGCAUUCACAAUGAGCAUAGACACAUUUCCGC